GCAGGAUUGGAUGAAGAGAGUCUCUCCGAAGCUAAAAUGACUUUCAAUCGGUUAUUAUUUAAAGCUGUUCACGUCGGCAGAGUUGGAUCCAGGUCUGCAUUUACAAGCUCCAAGCCUGACACCGUCAAUCCAAACUGGCUGCGAGUGGGUCUGGCCUUUGGUACUUCUGCUUUCCUCUGGGGCCUGCUCUUUAAGCAGCACAGCACAGAUGUGCACGAGUACAAAGUGAGGAAUGGUCUGGAAUAGCCACACAACUGGCAGGAUGAACCUGUUUGUCUGCUGUUUCUAUUUCCACUGCUCCAGAUUCCUCACUCUGAAUUCUGUGUAAAAUAAAUGUUUAUCAUGUGAAAUA